GACAAAGGAAGUACAAGUGGGGGCAGUGAAAGGAGGGGCCACGCGGGCUCCUGCCGAGUUUUACACACUGGUAAUUAAGCGCUUUGAGUGACAGCGCUGGCCCAAAUGGCGCAGACGGCUCCCAUUGGCCACUGCGCACUUUACAACCCGCUCUUGUUCCUCUGCGCUCGCAUUCACUCUCCACUCAGAGCAGAGACGCACAAGAGAGAGAGAUAGAGAGCGCACACUGGAGAGGACUGGAGUUACCACGGAAGACUUCUUUUUUUUAGCUUUUUAGUUGUAGUUUUUUGUUUGUUAGAGUGAAGUUUCUUUUUUUUUUCUUCCAACAAAAUGAGCUUUCUUGGGAGUUUGGUGACACUAGCGCUGGUUUCGUCCUGCGCAGCGUCCGAGUACGAGUACCUGAGCUGGAGGUCGGACGCGUACAAUGGGGGUCGCGGUUACGGGAAGCCCCCUCAGUGCGUGGACAUCCCGGACGACCUGCGCCUGUGCCACACCGUCGGCUACAACCAGAUGCUGCUGCCCAACCUGCUGGAGCACGAGAGCAUGGCGGAGGUGAAGCAGCAGGCGAGCAGCUGGGUGCCGUUGGUGCAUAAGAACUGCCACCCGGGGACUCAAGUGUUCCUCUGCUCGCUGUUCGCCCCCGUGUGCCUGGACAGACCCAUCUACCCGUGCCGGUGGCUGUGCGAGGCGGUGCGGGAUGGCUGUACCCCGAUCAUGGAGGCGUUCGGUUUCCCCUGGCCCGAGAUGCUCACGUGCGACAAGUUUCCUCAGGGCGAAGUGUGCAUCGCCAUGACGCAGCCCAACGCCACCGAGGCCACCAGACCGACAGAUUACUCGCCGAUCUGCCCUCCCUGUGACAACGAGAUGAAAACGGACACCAUUCUGGAACAUAUGUGUGCCAGUGAAUUUGCCUUCAAAGCCAAAAUCAAGGAAGUGAAGCGCGAGAACAUGGACCGCAAGGUGAUCCUUCAGAAGCGCAAGAUGAUCAAAAUGGGCACGCUGAAGAAGAAAGACCUGAAGAAACUAGUCCUGAACCUAAAGAACGGAGCCGACUGCCCCUGCCAACAGCUGGACAACCUCACCCCCCAGUAUCUCAUCAUGGGACGCAAGGUGGACCAGCAGUUCCUCCUCACCGGCAUCCACAAAUGGGACAAGUCCAGCAAAGAGUUCAAGAAGACCAUCAAGAAACUCAAGACCUACAAGUGCCCCGCUUUCGAGAACGUCUUCUAAUUACGAUCCCAAACAAAAAAAAUUAUGGACUUGCACAAACGUUAAAGCGGAACUCAGUAAUGUUAUAGGUCCAGCGCAGAUGAACUGUUUCAGAGACUGUGUGAUGGUGGGUCGGGUGAACUUGUAAGUGUGAGUGCCGCUGGGUUGGUGGCAUUAACGGGGCAAUAUUAUGCUAAAGCUUUUCAACCAUGUUAUUAUGCCAAGUCUUCGUCUAAGUAAAUGUACAUAUUUAGUCCAUCUGCUUCUCCAUAUUUCAGAUAACUUUAGUCCAGCUUCUUUGUGUUUUUAAAGACCAGACUUUUUGCUAGUCUUGUCAUUGCUCAGACUGCUGUCAUUACCAUUGUUUUUAUUUUCAUUCAAAUAUUUCAAUGGAGCUAAAUAGUUCCGCCCACGUUGAAGUUGGUUUUGGUUCUCAAAGUUAAUUUUCCAUUAAUUUUCCCCUAAUAAUGAAUGGAAACGGAGGCUAACCAGCUAUGCGUUAAAUAAUCUCCAUAACAUGGGUCUUUUCAGUGUAAAAAGUACAUUUAAAACUUAAAAUCCAGCAAAAUGUUUUACUAGAUUACGUUGAAUAAAAUUAUAGGUCUUGUUGUCACGUAGCUGAUUAUCCCUGAAUAAGCUUUCAAACCUUUAAUAUUCAUUUUCUUCAGAAAGUCUAUGGGAAAAAUGAAUGGGAAUUUGUUUUUUGGAUGGUCAUUCCAAGUCAUUAAAAUUAGUUUAAGUGAUAUUAUAGCCAAUACUAAUGCUAAGCUGUACAAUGGUAAAAGUCCCAAGCAUCUUUAAGUCUGGGAUUUUGUGAAGCAGGUUAGCUAAACAACGAGCGAGCAGUAGUUGUAUUUCUUGAUUUUCGCUAAAGUAUGUGAAGAAAUGACACAUGUUACUGAGUUCUGCUUUAAAAGUAAAUCCUUUGCUUUAUAUUUUGGCUGUUUAUAUAUCUAUAUAUCUUUGUACAUUUACAGAUUCACUUUUGGACAUGUUAGUGAUUUGAAUGUGCUGAGUGAUUGGGUUACUGUCUAUUUUCUUUGUUUUAUAUGGACUUGACAAGAAGAUAACCCCUCUCUCACUGAAACGAUUGCCAAUAUAUUUGUAGUCCUACUUUUGCAAUUAUCUGCUCAAAUUGUGCUGUUUUUUUUAAGCGUAAAGAAGCUAAGUCAUGCAUGUUCCAAGAGAUUACGCAAGUUGUUAAAACAGGAUCAAUGAAUGGAAGUCAGUGAAGAGCUGCAUUUUGCAUCGGUUGCAAAAUCUUGACGGCAUAUUGUUUUGUGGCUUGAGAAAUCGUUAAAUAAAUGCUAAUGCUAAUAAGCUAAUUAAGAUAAUCUCUUCAAAUAGAAUUGUACAUUUUGACAAUAAUGAGUAAAAGAUAAUCGGACCAAUGUAAAAGCCAAAGUUAAAUCUGUCAACUGGACUAAACGUUGUAGCAGUGAGGAUGUUUCGCUGCUCAUCCAAGUCGCUUCUUCAGUUCUGGUCAGAUCGCUGGUGGACACUGCCUUAUAUCUGUCUGAAGGGAGGAGCUAACGACACUGAAACUGGAAACAGCUUUUGUUUACAGCAAACAAAAUCGGACCAAAGCUAGCUAGCAACAUUUCCUGUAGUACAAACGGAGAUGGGGAAACAGCACCAUCUAAAGGCCGUAAGUAGACUACAAGUACAAUUACUCAAUAUAACCAGUAUUUGACAAACAAUGUGAGGAAAUAUCACGGGAAGUAAUCAGAUACUAUUAUUGUGACUCAUUUUUAUUGACUUCCAUUCAAAAUUCUAGAAACAGUUCAUUGUUCACUUCACAGUUGGUUUGAUCCUGAUUUGAUCCCAGUUAAAUCCUGAUGUAUCGUUCUAAUCUAGUCCUGGUUUAGUCCUUUUCUAAUCCAGGUUUAGUCCCUGUUAAAUCCCCGGUUUAAUAUCGUAUUGGUGCAAGUCUGAAUACACCUAGAUUUAAAAUUUUAAGAUUUAGAGACGCUACAAUGAGCCUUUUGCAUGACGCACACUUCCUUCCUGUACAAUCUAUACGGUAGACAGUUAACCACAACAGCGCAGGUCAAGCAGUUUGGUGAAUAAGUUAUUUUAAAGAGAUUUCAAAUGCAUUAUGGUCAUUCCCACAUUCAGCUAUUACUGGGAAGUGUAUUGUAACCAGCAAAUUGUCUUUGUCUGUUGAUUUAAGCGGAGAAAUGUAGUUAUGAUAAAAGCAAAAGGUAAAAAAAAAAAAUACAAUUGUAAAUGUAAAUGCCAACGCAAUGUUUUAUUUGUUUUUCCUGGUUCGUUUUAGCACUAUUUUUGAAUGAUUUGAAUGUCAGCGGUUCAUUGCUGCCUAUUAUGUGUACAUACAAAUUUUACAUAAAUAUAAGAAAAAA